AUGGUCUGGGUUUUGAAUAGGUUGAACAAUUCAGUCACAGUGGAGGAUGCCCUCAAUUAUAUAGACUGGCCUUUUAUCAGCAACACCCAAACUUUCAAGGACAUAGCCUUUCUAUGUAUCACUACAGCUAUCAUUGCAGAGCACUCAUAUUUUCUGUGGAAAAAGAAGCCUUCAGGAUCUUCCACCCCCUUUGAAUUAGCCAUUCAGAAGCUCAACUCAUCCACCGACUUGGAAAAAAUCAAAACAGCCAUUGAGGAAGCAUCCCAUCUUAAAAGCAAGGAUAAAAAACAUGCACUUGUCAAGAUUGCUUUGGAAAACUGUCUUUCUUUAUAA